GCUUUUCAGACGCUGCGGAUUUCUCCCUGGUUACAGUUCGGCUCGGCUUUUUUAUUUAUUUGCUGGGCUCGGUCUGAGCUUUCACAACCGUUCUGCCAUAACUCUGCAUAUUUUGGUACCGAACACGUGAGUAGUAUUGUGAAAAAGGGGUGAAGUGUUAUGUGUAUAUACAAACAAGCAAACUAGAAAUUGGAUUAACGGUAGUUUCUCUCAGCUAUGCUAAGCUAAGCUAAGCUGUGAGUGAGCUAGCCUGGUUCGAGUGUUGUAGGCAGAAGCGAUAGAGACUCUGUGACUGAGUGAAUAUUGUAGUUAGUUGUAGAAUCAGACAGUUAUACAGGAGGCGUCAUGGACAGCCACCAGCAGCACCGCUAUGAGUCCUCCGGUCAGGGAAGAGAGAACAAACCGCAGCGGAAAAAGGCUUUGGGUGGAGCCGGACCUGGACCGUGUCCACUCUGGGCAAACGAAGAAGCAGAGAAAAAGUCCAAAUUUCCUUUAAACAUCAGAACACUUACUGAUGAUGUGCUGGACCGGUUUGCAAGUAUUCGAAUCCCGGGCAGUAAGAAGGAGAGGGCACACCUUUCCCACAUGACCAAGCAGUCCUCCAAUGAUUGGUCCACGUCUUCUGAGUUUGAGGACCUGUCCUCCAGGAUCACUUCAGAGAAAGAGAUUCUUGCUCUUUUUGAGAAAAUGAUGGAGGAUAUGAACUUGAAUGAAGAUAAGAGAGCUCCACUCCGAGAGAAGGACCUGAGCACAAAGAGAGAGAUGGUCCUUCAGUAUAUCGUUACAGCAGCUAAAACUGGCAGUCUGAAGAGCAGCCGCCAUCAGAUAUCUCCUCAGGAGUUUCUCAGUGAACUGAAAAGUGGAGCGACUGAUGAGAGGCUGUUUGCCUGCCUAGACUCCCUCAGAGUCUCUCUCACCAGCAAUCCAGUCAGCUGGGUGCAGAGUUUCGGUCAUGAAGGCCUCGGACUUCUGCUGGAUAUACUGGAGAAGCUGCUGCACAAAAAACACCAAGAGAAGGUCGAUAAGAGGAGUCAGCACAAAGUGAUCCAGUGCCUAAAGGCUUUCAUGAACAACAAGUAUGGACUGGAGCGGAUCUUCGGGGAAGAGAAGAGCUUGGCACUGCUGGCCCGAGCGAUGGAUCCUCAUCAACCUGCCAUGAUGACUGACGUCGUCAAGCUGCUCUCUGCCAUCUGCAUUGUGGGAGAGGAAAACACCUUGGAGAAGGUGCUUGAAGCGAUCACCAGUGCAGGGGAGAGGAAGGAGACCAGGCGCUUCAGCCCGAUAGUCCAGGGUCUCACUGACCGCUCCGUCCAGCUCCAGGUGGCUUGUAUGCAGCUCAUCAACGCUCUCGUUACGUCUCCUGAUGAGUUGGACUUCAGGCUGCAUAUCCGAAAUGAGUUCAUGCGCUGUGGCCUGCGAGAGAUAUUGCCGACUCUGGGUACGAUCAGAAACGAGGCUCUGGACAUCCAGCUGAAGGUGUUUGAGGAGCAUAAAGAGGAGGACAUGAUGGAGUUUUCCCAUCGCCUGGAGGACAUUAAGAGUGAAUUUGAUGAUGUGGGAGACGUGUUUAACACGGUGCACAGCCUGGUGAAGGACACGGCCGCUGAGAUGCAUUUCCUCUCCAUCCUGCAGCACCUGAUGCUCAUCAGGAAUGACUAUUUUGUACGGCCUCAGUACUUUAAGAUCAUCGAGGAAUGUGUGUCUCAGAUCAUACUGCAUCGCAAUGGAACAGACCCGGAUUUCUCCUACCGCAAGCGUUUGGAUGUGGAUUUCUCUCACCUUCUAGAGGUGUGUGUGGAUAAGGCACGGGUGGAUGAAUACGAGCAGAGGGCUUUGGAGUUGGCGCAGAAAUUUGAUGAAGAGAUCAUGGGGAGACAGGAGGCCUUGGCCGAGCUUCUGAAGAAGGAAGAGAAAAUCAGUGAGCUCGAGGCAGAGGUACAGGCCUUCAGAUCUCAGUUCGGGACAGCUCCAGCGGGCAUACCGACAGGGCAGUCGGUCACAGCCGUGUCAGGGCCGUCUCCUCCACCCCCUCCUCCUGGGGCUCCUCCUCCACCACCUCCUCCACCACCUCUGCCAGGCUGUGCUGCCAUGCCUGGAGUGCCUCCUCCUUUUGGUGCCCCUCCUCCCCCUCCUCCUCCAGGCCUGGGGGGCCUUGUGUCCUCCCCCACCCGGUAUGUGCUGCCAUUUGGCCUUCAGCCCAAAAAAGAGUUCAAGCCUGAGAACAUCAUGAAACGCCUCAACUGGUCCAAGAUCCAUCCUCAGAAAAUGACAGAGAGCUGUUUUUGGGUUGUCGCCAAUGAGGUUCGCUAUGAGGACGAGGAACUCUUCGGCCGUCUGGCUCUCACCUUCGGCUCUCAGAGACCCGGCCGGCGAGAUGGGGAGGAGCUUGAGGAGAAGACGUUCAUUAAGAAGAGAAUCAAAGAGCUGAAAGUGCUGGAUCCUAAGAUCGCCCAGAACCUGUCUAUUUUCCUGGGUUCUUUCCGUUUGCCUUACGAGGAGAUCAGGAGGAUUAUUGUAGAGGUAGAUGAGGAGCAGCUAACAGAGCCUAUGAUCCAGAAUCUGGUGAAGCACCUUCCUGAGCAGGAGCAUCUGAAUGCGUUGGCCAAGCAUAAACACGAGUAUGCCAGUCUGUCUGAACCUGAACAGUUUGGGGUUGUGAUGAGCGUUGUAAAGCGCCUGCGGCCGAGGCUGAACUCCAUCCUGUUUAAGCUGCAGUUUGAGGAACAGGUGAGUCACUUGAGGCCGGACAUGCUGGCGGUGAGUGCGGCGUGCGAGGAUGUGAAGAAAAGUAAAGCCUUCAGCAAGCUGCUGGAACUUGUGCUGCUCAUGGGAAACUACAUGAAUGCUGGCUCUCGCAACGCCCAGUCCUACGGCUUUGACCUCAGCUCCCUCUGUAAGUUGAAAGACACCAAGUCAGCCGAUCAGGCAUCCACGCUGCUUCACUUCCUCGCUGAGGUGUGCGAGGAGAAAUUCCCGGACGUUCUCAGAUUUGUUGAUGACUUGCAACACGUUGACAGAGCCAGUCGAGUCUCGGCGGAGAACCUGGAGAAGAGUUUGAAGCAGAUGGAGAAGCAGCUGCUGCAGCUGGAGAAAGAUCUGGACACCUUCAGCUCCCCUGACAACCAAGAGGACAUGUUCUACAGCAAGAUGGCCAGCUUCUCCACUCAGGCAAGAGAACAGUACCAGAAACUGGUCAUCAUGCACAACAACAUGAACACGCUGUUCCAGAACAUGGUGGAGUACUUCACCAUCGACCCCAAGAAGACCUCCGUGGAUGAACUCUUCACAGACCUGAGUAACUUCAGAGCCAUGUUUAUGCAAGCGCUGAAGGAGAACGGGAAGAGGCGGGAGGCAGAGGAGAAGCAGAGGAGAGCAAGGGCUGCGAAAGAGAAGGCCGAACACGAGAAGCAGGAACGACAACAGAGGAAGAAGAGGUUGCUGGAGGUCAAUGCAGAAAAAGAUGAGACUGGAGUGAUGGACAGUCUGCUGGAAGCGUUGCAAUCCGGAGCUGCUUUCAGAGACCGAAGGAAGAGAGCACCCAGGCCCCGAGAUGAAGCAAGUCAAAUGGUCAGCCAAAGGCCAGUUCUGAAAGACUGCAACCAUGAAAACACAAAGGUACCUCUGCAAAGGUCACGGUCUCGGCAGAAUAUCAAUUUCAGCUCGGCGCGAGCCCCCACUUCCAAGGAGGCUCAUUAUGAGAGCGAAGCCCAUUCAUCUGCGGCACGGAGAUCGGCGCACCGCCCAGAGAGGGAGCCGGAAAAGGAGCGAGCGAGAGAGCGAGAGAGUGAGAAGGAAAAAUCUCCCUCCAGCUGCUCAGCUCACGGAGAGACUGACGUGGAGGCUCUUCUAGCCCGGCUCCGCGCCUUGUGAUAACCUCACCUCCAUUACCCCAAGCUCCUUUAACUUUUCCAUUCCAUACACACCCAAUGUCAUGCUAAUGUCUACAGUCAAGUGCGAGCACACAAACAGAAGGAAAGUCUCGACCGGUAACCUUUCUGUUCACGUCUCUAUACACUGGCAUUGACUAAACAGUUCCGUUCAGGAUGUUUGAUCGUUCGUCUGCACGAUUAUUCUCUACAGUGCUAAGCAGAAAACGGUAUUUAAAUGCUACAGCACCUUGCCUUAUCUUAAAUACAUGCGUGCGCUUUGGAUACCUUUUAUUCCUUUAUUCUAUGCAAACUCGUUAAAUGUAUUUUCAAAAAUAGUCACAGCAAUUUUUGGAGAAUUGUUUCUUUCAUCUUAUCUUCGAAUUGUGUCAUGAUGAUCGUGAGCCAAGAGUCACGGUAAUCUGAGAUAUUGAUAACGCAUCUGACUAUAAUUAUUCAUGAGAGAGAUCAGCUCUGCAAAUUAAAAAUAGAGUUUUAUGCAUUCAAUGCAUAAAAUUAAACCAGGUAACGGGUGCUUUUUCUGCUAACCUCCGCCAUUUUCUUAAUAACCUGUUAAAUUCCACGUAAUCAUCCUUCGACACUUGCUCAGGACCAGAAAGCAAUUUUAGAAAAACCUUGAGCAAGUCAUGUUGAGUGAUGAGAUUUUUAAUGAAAUCUUUUUUACCUUUUCCACAUUUUCUCCUAAUGCAGUAAUUACUAGUUCCGCACACACUACCGAGUAUCUUAUAGAAGCGAGCCAGCCUGAGAGUGUGAGGGCUCGCGAUUUCAUCAAACUGCUACGUGUACAGUGUAACUGCGAUGAUGAUGAUGAUUGCGUUUUUUGUUUUUUUUGUUUUUUUGUAUACAUGAGUGCAUACACACUAAAGUCUGAUCAGCAGAGGAGAAAGAAUUGCCCCCACUCCGAACGAGAAAGCAGGCAAUUAUUUAUUUUCUUCCAGUCUCCAGGCCACGGAUGGAUACAGCGUCGUCUCAGCUGUCGAUUACACUUUAUACAACGUGACUUUUGUCAACGUAUGACAUGCUAAUUAUGAUAUUAUUCCAAAUACGUUUGUAUUGCCGGAUCCUAACAUAUGCAUGUUCGUCAUUGUGUGUGCGUGCUAAUAUAUUAGCUGCCGUAAAAGAUUAGCUCUUAUUACACAAACACUCCGCAUUUACUCAGUCUCUCUUAAUCUUUGAUCCGUGUUUUAUUGUGCCGUCUCUUCUUCUGUUCUGUGAGUGAAUGGUAUUAUCUUGUCUUUUCUUGAUUUAAUAAUAAUCUCGUGCAGUAUUAUCUUUAAAUUGAACAUGACACCAAUUUAAAAAAAAAAAAAAUUAUGAUCCGGAUAUUCUCUUAAAUUUAUUAAAAGCCUUGUACGUCCUUUCUAAAUUUUUUAUAUUGUUACACAA